AACUGAAGACAGAUUUCUAAACAGAAUCCUAGAGCUGACCAGAGACUCAGCAAGCUAAAGCUUUCCCGCUGCCAGCUCCUGUCAGAGAGCAGAAGAAAAUGCCGCAGGCUCAGGAAUCCCUGACAUUUCACGAUGUGGCCGUGGACUUCACCUGGGAGGAGUGGCAGCUCCUGGACCUCGAUCAAAAGAACCUGUACAGGGAUGUGAUGUUGGAAAACUUCGGCCAUCUGGAGUCAGUGGGGUAUCAAGCCAGCAAACCAGAUGCACUCUCCAAAUUGGAACGAGGGGAAGAACCAUGGAAAGCACAGGAUGAACUCCACCUUCUAGUCUGUGCAGCAUGCAGGCAAGAUGAUGAUCCUCUACAAUGUCACCUGCAAAUUGGAAACAUUCAGAAGAGUGUGGAACAAUACUGUGAACAUAACACAUUUGCAAAUAUUGUUAAUCAGAUUGAAGGUCAUUUCUUACUAAAGCAAAAUCAUAAUCUUGAGAUACUUGAAAAACCUUUGAAAUCAAAAUUAAAUUUUGAAAACCAAAACAGCAGCUGUAACUUAACUAACUCUGUUGAGUUGAAUAGACAUGGGACAUCGAUUCUGCAUGGUAACCAACAACGUUACCCUGAAAAUACAUUCCCUUUCGGUAUGAAAAACAUGAGUAAUAAAUCACAGGUCAUUCAGCAACAGAGAACUCACAGUGGACAGAAAGCCCUCGUAUGCACUGAGUACGGGAAGGCCUUCAUCAAGAUGUCUCUUCUGACUCAACAUGAUAGAGUCCAUAGUGAGGAGAAUAGUUAUGGAUGCCUUCUGUGUGGAAAAGUUUUCUCCACAAAAUACUGGCUCUCUGAACAUCAUAGAAUUCAAGCAGGACUAAAACAAUGUGAGUGCACUGAAUGUGACAAGACCUUUCUGAGGGAAUUAGAAUUGAAUAUACAUCAGAAAACUCACAUGACAGAGAAACCUAAUAACAGUACUGAGUGUGAGGAAAUGUUCAUCAAGUCUCAGCUCAUUCGUUAUCACCAAACUCACACAGGAGAGAAACCUUGCGUCUACAGUGAAUGUUACAGAAACAGUGGUCGUGUCACCACACAUCAGAAACAAAAAGGAGAGAAGGCAUAUAUCUGUAGUGAAUGCAGCAAAAGUUUUACCAGGAAGGACUCUCUAAUAAUACAUCAGUUCUCUCACACGGGAGAGAAACCCUAUGUGUGCAGUGAAUGUGGAAAAGGCUUCCCAGUGAAGGUGCAACUGGUUAUACAUCAGCGGACUCAUACAGGAGAGAAACCUUAUAUCUGUAGUGAAUGUGGGAAAGGAUUCACCAGUAAUGGCUGUCUAAAUGUACAUCAGCGAUCUCACACAGGGGAGAAACCCUAUGUAUGCAGUGAAUGUGGAAAAGCCUUCCCAGUGAAGAGCAAGCUGAUUUUACAUCAACGUACUCAUACAGGAGAGAAACCUUAUGUAUGUACUAGAUGUGGGAAAGAUUUCAAAGCAAAGUAUCAUAUGAUCACACAUCAGCGAAAACACACAGCAUGCAGGCAAGAUGAUGAUCCUCUGCAGUGUCACCUGCAAAUUGGAAACAUUCAGAAGAGUGUGGAACAACACUAUGAACAUAACACGUUUGCAAAUACUUUUAAUCAGAUUGAAGGUCAUUUCCCACUAAAGUGCAGUCAUAAUCUUGAGAAACGUCAGACAUCCAUUCUUCGUAGCAACCAACAACGUUACCCUGAAAUUACACUCCCUGUCAGUACGAAAAACAUCAGUAAUAAGUCACAGGUUAUUCAGCAACAGAGAACUCACAGUGGACAGAAAGCCCGCAUAUGCACUGAGUACGGGAAGGCCUUCAUCAAGAUGUCUCUUCUGACUCAACAUGAUAGACUUCAUAGUGAGGAGAAUCCUUAUGGAUGCAGUCUGUGCGGGAAAGUCUUCUCCAUGAAAUACUGGCUCUCCGAACAUCAUAGAAUUCAAGAACGACUAAAACAAUUUGAGUGUAGUGAAUGUGACAAGACCUUUCUAAAGGAAUUAGAAUUGAAUAUACAUAAGAAAACUCCAAUGGGUAAGAAACCUAAUAAUGGCACUGAGUGUGAGAAAAUGUUCAUCAACAAGUCUCAGCUCAUUUGUCAUCACCAAACCCACUCAGGAGAGAAACCUUGCAUCUACAGUGAAUGUUACAGAAACAAUGGUCGCAUCACCAUGCAUCAGCAGAAACAAACAGGAGAGAAGGCAUAUAUCUGUAGUGAAUGCAGCAAAAGUUUCACCAGGAAGGACUCUCUGAUAAUACAUCAGCUCUCUCAUACGGGAGAGAAACCCUAUGUGUGCAGUGAAUGUGGAAAAGGCUUCCCAGUGAAGGUGCAGCUGGUUAUACAUCAGCGGUCUCAUACAGGAGAGAAACCUUAUAUCUGUAGUGAAUGUGGGAAAGGAUUCACCAGUAAUGGCUGUCUAAAUGUACAUCAGCUAUCUCACACUGGGGAGAAACCCUUUGUAUGCAGUGAAUGUGGAAAAGCCUUUCCAGUGAAGAGCAGGCUGAUUUUACAUCAACGUACUCAUACAGGAGAGAAACCGUAUAUAUGUACUAGAUGUGGGAAAGAUUUCAAUACAAAGUUUCAUCUGAUCACACAUCAGCGAAAACACACAGGUGAGAAGCCCUAUGUAUGUAAUGUAUGUGGGAAAGGCUUCACAGUGAAAGGUAAUCUCAUGACACAUCAGCAAACUCAUUCUUCAGAGAAACCAUUUAUGUGCAAUGAAUGUGGGAAACACUUCACCUUAAAGAGAUCACUGAUGGAGCAUCAGCGAAUUCAUACAGGAGAGAAACCUUAUAUAUGUAAUGAAUGUGGAAAACACUUUACCAGGAAGGGAUCCCUAAUUGACCAUCAACGAUUUCACACAGGAGAGAAACCUUAUGUCUGUAGUGAAUGUGGGAAAGGUUUCACAAGGAAGAGCUGUUUGAUUAUACAUCAGCGUUUACACACAGGAGAGAAACCCUUUGUAUGCAGCGAAUGUGGAAAAGGCUUCCCAGUGAGGGUGCAGCUGGUUUUACAUCAACGGACUCAUACAGGAGAGAAACCUUUUGUCUGUAGUGAAUGUGGGAAAGGUUUCAUUGUGAAGAAAUCUCUGAAUGAACAUCUGCGAUCUCACACAGGAGAGAAACCCUAUGUGUGCAGUGAAUGUGGAAAAGCCUUCUCAGAGAAGGUACAGCUGGCUGUACAUCAACGGACUCAUACAGGAGAGAAACCUUUUAUCUGUAGUGAAUGCGGGAAAGGUUUCACCAGGAAGAGCUAUCUGAUUGUACAUCAGCGAUCUCACACAGGAGAGAAACCUUUUGUAUGCAGUGAAUGUGGAAAAGGCUUUACAAUGAAUAGCAAGCUGGUUAUACAUCAACAGACUCAUACAGUUGAGAAUCCUUUUAUUUGUGGUAAAUGUGGGGAAAGUUUCAAAGCAAAGCAUCAUCUCAUCACACAUCAGCGAAAACACACAGGUGAGUAGCACUGUGUAUGUAAUAAUGUAUGUGGAAAAGGCUUUGCCAUGAAGACUGAUCUCACUUUACAUCAGCAAACUCAUACUUAAGAGAAACCAUAUAUGUACAUUUAACGUGGGAAAGACCUUACCAUGAACUGUCAUCUCAGUGUACAUGCGGAGAAUUCAUAUAGGAGGUGAAUUUCUAUAUGCAGGAGGAGUGGCUGAGGAUUAAUUGGGGAAAGCAUGCUUAUUGCAUCUCUAUGAGUUUAUAUGAAGAGAAGUCAUAUUUGCAAUGCAUGUGGAAAGGGCUUCACCAUGAGUAGUAUCUAGGUGUAUAUCAGGGAGCUCUUAGUGCAGAAAAUUUGAACAAACACUGAAUAUCGUGAAGGCUUUUGGAAGAAAGCAUACUCCCACAACAUCAGAGAUUUUGCUCUGGAAAGACUUCCUUUGCAUGUACUGAAAUGUGGAAAAUUCUCAUUAUCAAAAAUUAUCUCAUUACCUAUUAGAGAAUAUACAGAGGCGAGAAACCUUGUGAAUGUGAUGAAUGGGGAAAAGCCUUUGCUAUAAAGUCAUGAUUCAGUGUUCAUCAGACAACCUACAGGAUGGAGGCCUUGUGGGCACAACUAUUGUGGUAAAGCUUUGUGCCACUAAGCAAUCUUUCUGAAACAAGAAUAUAUACUAGUCAUCACGUGUUCAAAUGUAUAGUUGCUAUCACUGUAUUUUCAUGAAAUGUCAGACCACGUUCUGCUUAAAGUUAUGAAUGUUGUCAAUUUUCUUUGAGUUAAGGACCGUGAAA